AUGUUCAGUGUAGAGCUGGCUGGGAAGGAAACGACGGGAUCGCGACUUACAGAGGCCGCCGAAACUCCCAUCUUUCUCAUCCUUCCGCUCUGCUCCUACCUGAAACCAUUAACGAAGGGUAGAAAUAAUCUUCCUGAAGUAGAUAGUUCUGCUGAAGAAAAAUAUGGUGGGUCUGGAGGUUCUGUAAGAAAAAAUCUGGCAGUUUUUGUCUCCGGCGGAGGAUCAAAUUUUCGUGCCAUUCACAAUGCUUCUAUGAAUGGAUUAAUUCACGGAGAUGUUGUGGUUCUUGUCACUGAUAAGCCUGGUUGUGGUGGUGCUGAAUAUGCAAGAGAUCACAACAUACCUGUCAUACAAUUCCCAAAACAUAAAGACUCACUUGAGGGAUUUUCACCGAAUGAUCUCUUAAUUUCCUUAAGGAAAUGGAAGGUCCACUUUAUUCUACUGGCUGGCUUCUUGAAAUUGAUUCCUACUGAGUUAAUCCAGGCAUUUCCGAGAUCUAUGUUGAAUAUUCAUCCUUCUCUUCUGCCAGCCUUUGGUGGUAAAGGAUACUAUGGGCUAAAGGUUCAUAAAGCUGUCAUUUCUUCUGGGGCUAG